UUCAGCGGAGGAGUUUGACAUGUCUUGCGCGGUCGGUGGAGGGGCGCAGUCUGCAUGGCUGGGAGCUUCCGCGGGGUGCUGCUCCUCGUCAUCGGGCUCCGCUUCUGCGGCACUAUUAAGCGCAGGAUCGGCCAUCGCGGGUCGGCUACCUUGCCGAGUACUCGAGCAUGUGUUCUCGUAUUUGGAACUGUCGGAUCUCAUGAACUGUUCCUUGGUAUGUUGGCACUGGAACAAUUGUCUGGCGGAUGAAAACAGUGAGGUGUGGCGGAGUCUGUGUGCCCGUGUGCUGACUGAUGAAGCGCUGCGCUCGGAUGUCCUCUGCAAUCUGCCUUCUUAUAAAGGAAAACUGAAGUCUUUCCAGCAUGCUCUGAGCUCCCAUGAUUGCUCCAGGAAUGUCUAUAUCAAGAAAAACGGGUUCACCCUGCACCGUAACCCCAUCGCCCAAAGCACUGAUGGUGCCCGUGGGAAGAUCGGCUUCUCAGAGGGCCGGCAUGCCUGGGAGAUCUGGUGGGAGGGGCCCCUGGGCACAGUGGCGAUGAUUGGCAUCGCCACAAAGAGGGCUCCUAUGCAGUGCCAGGGCUAUGUGGCGCUACUAGGCAGUGAUGACCAGAGCUGGGGAUGGAAUCUUGUAGACAAUAACCUGCUUCACAAUGGAGAGGUCAACGGCAACUUCCCGCAGUGCAACAACGCACCAAAGUACCAGAUCGGGGAGAGAAUACGCGUAAUCCUAGACAUGGAUGAUAAAACACUAGCCUUUGAGCGAGGGUUUGAGUUCCUCGGAGUGGCAUUCCGAGGGUUGCCCAAAACAUGCCUCUUUCCAGCUGUUUCAGCUGUCUAUGGGAACACUGAAGUAACAAUGGUGUACCUGGGAAGACCCCUGGAUGGUUAAGGAGGAUGUCAGUGCCACCAUUAGAACCUGAGAGCAAAAUUUGGAGACUACUACUUGCCAUAAACAUGACUCUUAGCUCUUCACAUCCUGACUGAGAAAUGGGUUGUUACUGGUGGAAAUUGGAGGUUGAUGGGGAGGAUCUCCAACACACAUCUGCUGAUUUCUGUUGAACCUCUUACUUUUAAUCCGUUUGAUGACCUGGACAUUUGUUUUUAAAAACCAAUUUUAAUCUAAUUUGUGAAAUUGCACAAGUGGCAGCUGUUCUAUUUUAUGAAAUAGGUUAAACAAUUAUGCCGAACUAGAUAAGACAAGUGGCAAUGUUUUAUAAUGAAUUCAAAACCAUUUACACACACAUUGUGACGAGAUGAUACUGUAAAUGGGACUGCAUUAAGAGAGUACAAGGACGGCUCAAGCUUUCACACAAAACACAAACGUACAUGUAGGUAAAUGCCAUGAAGUAAACAUGCCAAAACAAUGUACCAAUAUCUUACUGUUUUUUCAUUCAGAGCGGUUAUCUGCAUGCAGUAUACUCAUCCCUCCCUUUGUUUUUUUAUUUUUGAAGGACAGGCAAAGGUAGUAUGUGGUUAUUCUGUUUGUUACUGUACAUCUUAACUGUGAUGUAGAAGUGUAUAGUAUUUAUUUAUUGAGGUCCAUCUUUGCCAUAACUGAGGUUAUGGAGACUGCAAAUAAACUCUGAAUGGUGCCAGUCUGUGAA